UUUGUUUGACAGCUCUUAUGUGUAACAAAUUAAUUUAUAAAAAAAAAUAUUGUCUUUUUAAAGCUAUUGACUUAUCAGAAUGCCCUCGUAUAAAAAUCAAAACUAUUUCCAUUCUUCAAUUUUACUUUUAAUUUCCACUGGAUUCUUCAAACACACCAAACAAUAUAAUGACAAUAACACACUAAUGUACGAGUAUUUAAUUACUCUCAUAAGGCAACUGUCAUGCGCAAGCACAAGAGACUCCCAAAGUCAUAGCCAGACAUUUCGUAUGCAACACCCGUGCGCAUUUGAUAACCUCAAAAUCUAAUUUCCACAAUUGAUAGCCAUAGCCGAAUGCAAAUCGACGAAGAGAAUUCAUUGAAAUCGAACAAUUCUAAAUUCAGCAGCGAACAGCGGCGCGACACAUGCAAGUUGUCUUCGAUACCAAUAAAUGAAAUCAGCGCCGACAACUGCUGCUCACUGCUUUCGUGGAUAAGUACGAUUGGCAUUGGUAUUGUUGUUGCGUGAAAUUGAAAAUUCAUUACUUAUUAUUAUCGAUUCGACUUGCGACUUCGGAAGCUAUAAAAGGCCAACGGCGCAAUUGUGGGCGUUUCUUUCUUACUUUCUUCAAUGCGGUAACGCGCAGGUGCCACACAAUAGUGUCAAUCGUCAAGCGGCGAAGGCAGCCGUGAAUCAAUUCACGCGAAACAAUUCAGUGAUUUAGUACAGUUAAAAAAGGAAUUGCAAAAUAAAUUGUAAUAAAAAUGCGAAAAUAUUAUUUAAUAAUUGCGAUUUUUGGCGUUUACUCGACCGCACACCUCGAGGGAGCGCAGGCGCUGAACGCGUUUCGGCCGGCGGUGCCGCCAGCGCCGCGUUGGGGUGCCAAUAUGCAAAUGUUGCGGCGUCACAACAAUGCGGCCUUCGAGUUUUGGUCCGAGGAUAGUGAUACGAAUCUCUGGGAGCAUUGCGGCCUUUUCGAGGGCGAUAUUAUGUUGCAUCGCGAAUGGUUGCGCAACGGUUUGUUGCAGGAGAAAUUCACUUGGCCCGAUGCGACGGUACCGUUUUACAUCGACAGCAAUGAUUUUAACCAAACGCAAAUGAUGACCAUUUUGGAGGCCUUCAAAGAGUACCACGAGAAGACUUGCAUACGUUUUCGACCCUACGAAAAGGGUGACACCAAUUGGAUAGUCGUAAAAGGCAAUUACACCGGCUGCUGGUCCAGCGUUGGGCGCCGACAAGGCGGACAGGUACUUAACCUCAAUACACCGCGUUGCGUUUCGCAUGGUGUUGUCGUGCACGAACUGCUGCAUGCGCUCGGCUUCUACCAUCAGCAAAGCUCGACGGAACGCGAUGAGUAUGUGAAGAUCAACUGGGAGAACAUACUCGAUGGGCAUGCGCACAACUUCAACAAAUACGCACGCACACACAUAACCAACUUCGGCGUCGAGUAUGACUAUGAGAGUGUAAUGCAUUACAGUUCGAAGGCGUUCACGAAGAAUGGCAAACCGACCAUUGAGCCGUUGGAUCCCUAUGCCUCUCUGGGUCAACGCAGAGGGCUCUCCAAGAAGGAUAUAUCCAAGUUGAAUGAAAUGUAUCAGGAGGACUGCAAUGUGGAUUAUCUAUUUAGCUUUGAUCGUUUCGGAUCGUAUUUAGAUGAACUCUUGGAGUAUUUUCAAAAUAGUUUAUUUAGUCGAAACCGUCCGGAGGAACGUACAGUUGUAAAAAAUUAAAUGUGAUUUCAUACAUUUGUCGCGGUUUGAGUUACAAAAAUAGAAA